AACUUCAAAAGAUUGGGAAAACUUGUAUCGAAAAUGGCGUCUUUCUUUCUCGCUCUGAUCGUAUUCGGAUUCGCAGCUCAGGCCAAUGCUUGGCCAUUCCGAGGCAACAUCCCUGGCGACGACGAAGACGGUUACGGCGUCGAUCUCUCCUUAUCCUCCGUCUGCCAUCUAGCCUUCGUCGAGAACGAGAAUAAAUACGAGGAAUCGUUCGUCCAUUUCAUGCUCGAGGUCAUCUGCCCGUCACUCCUCGAUGACGAUGACGAAGGGUCGGGGGAGGGGUCCGGUCACGGGCUGGCUUGGUUAGCCACGCACGGCAACGGGUUGCGGAUUUUGGGCUUCGAAGAUAUAGUCCGAGCCCUCUCCACAGACCCAGCCACUCAGCAAUACCUCCACAACACCGCCGAGCACAUCUGCGGAACCGAAUACUUCGCCCACCCCGGCAUCGAGGCAUUCUGCCACUUCCGCGAAGUGGGCAUCAAAAUCAACUUCUUAGAUGGAGGAAGUGGUGAUGGUAGCGGCGAUGGGAGCGGGGAAGGUGGCAGUGAUUCUAGCAGCUACACUAGCGAUGGAUACGGCUUCUCUAUGUAUUGGAGUAGCGGUAUCGGUUAUGGCGAGGCGGACAGCUUCUUGGAACUAUCGUAGUUUGACAAUCAUAAGUUACCAUGACAACCAAUCAUAAGUAGCAAGGGCAUGGGCUGAUGGGGGGUGGGGUGCACGUGCACCCUCCCACUUAGGCAGAGGAGUUCCAACACUAGCAAGCAAAACGAAAUUCGUACCCUUCUUCUGCUUUCAACAGCUGAUUUUCCCAAACUUUACUUCCACCUCCCCAUGCUCAAACCAGCCUACGCCCAUGAAUAGUUUAGCAAAGUCAAAUGGUUGAAUAUGACUUUUCACAUUUUUUCUUUUAUAACGGGGUUCUUAUCUACAUUUACGUGUAUCUUUUAAAUGUUUGGACGGAUGAGUAGUGCUUUUUUCAUGCACCUUUUUAUUUUGAAAAGUUUGGUAAAGAACGAUCAUGCAGAUUUGCUAAUCAUUAAUUUAACUCCCAUUUUCAAUGGGAAAAGGGGUCCAGUGCCGAUAUAGCUCCAGGCUUUCAUCAAAAGGUGGGAUCUUCCAUAAUACAGAGCAUAUUAUACAGAUAUUGCCUACCUAGAGUUUGAAUAUAACAUUUCCUCUCCCUGACUGAGUUAUAUUUUUCCCAAGGGAUUAUAUUUUGCCCGAAGCGCGCAGCGCUGAGGGAAAAUGUUCUCCCGAGGGAAAAAUAUAACUUCGGAGGGGAGUUGAAAUGUUAUUUAUUAAAACGAUAGACCAGGCAAUAUCUGUUAUAUUGUAUAGUCUAUGUGGAUUCGCCAUCAGAGAUUGCGUUCAUCAUCCGGCUCCAACCCGAAAUUCUUGCUACAGCUCUGAUCCAUCUACGUCAUAAUAGAAAAUAUUUUGAAAAUGCAUCAAGCGCGUUCUUCAUGCAAUCGACGCGUUAACACUAGCGCGUACAUCAAACUACCUGAUUACGCAACUUGUAAGCAGCGAGUGACGUCACCUUCGUGAAUAUAACGCUGCAAUGGACAAUACAACGCAGUUAUUCACUGAGGUGACGUCAAAACCUAGAAUAUAACAAAUGCGAUCCUCGCAGCUAUGGUCACGUGUUGGCGUAUUGACCUAUCACUGAUUCGAAUCUACAUAACCUAUGUAAUAUAUAUAUAUAUUCUUAGAUUUCAAAAUUUAAAAAUAUCAAUUUCUAACAAAAUAUAUAACAAAUAAAAUCUUGGUCUUAAUAUUCAACUUUUGUAAUCAAACUUUUUAGAAUAGCAAUGAAAAAUUAAUUACAUUUGAUAUUAUAGUUUUUUUUUGUAAUUCAUGUUUUAUUGAUCCUUUUCAUCAAAAUAUACAUAACAAAACAUUCAUGGUAUAAUGGAUCACAUAUUAAAGUUCAGAUGACGUUGGCAUAUAAAAUAACAUGUCUAACAUACAAAAUAUUAUAAAAUAAGAAAACAUAUAUGUUUGUUUACAACAACAACAAAAAAUCAGGCACUUGGCCUAUAAAAAAAUAAACAUAACAAAAAUAGCCUUCUGUUUUAUCGCCUCUUUAAAGUAUUCAGAAUGAUAGCCCACUUGCCAUCAUGUUUUUCUAAUUUGCAUUUCCUUUGUGCUAUGGUAUGUUCAACAGUUUCAAAUGAUAAAAGAAAGUUACAAAAAUGGGGGAGAGUUUUGUUUCGUCACAUCGACUUCUAAAAUAUAUUGUUUACCUGACAGGAGCAGAAAGUUCAAUAUAAAUAUAUUUCUGGGAAUUUGGGGCUUACAGAUACCAAAAAGAACAUAACUUUCUGAGAGGAAAUCAGGAAGAUCUAGUGAAGCAAAAAGUGUACCAACAUUAUUCCAACAUUGGUUAACGACAUGGCAAAAAUAAAAAAGAUGCACUAGAGUUUCUGGUGAUACUUUACAAAAUGUACAAAGUGUAUCCGUUACCUUGUUAAUACGGAAUAACCAAACCUUGGUAGGAAUCAAAUUAUUAAGAAUCUUGAAUUGUAAAGCCCGAAGUCUCGUAUCUAUAGUAGUACGUAGAGGUAGUUUUAAGAGUUCUCUUACUUCUUCUUGUUGAAACCCAUAGGUGUCUUUUAAACACCUAUGUCUUUUGAUAUUACAGUACUGUCCAGUAUCCAUAUUCUAAUAGUAAACAAAUUUUUCUUUCAUUAAUAUAUCAGUGAUUUAAUGUUUGACAGAAAUAUGUCAGUUUGUUGAUGUUAGUUUUGAUUUAUAACAAAAAUUAAAUUUCUUCACCAGUGAACGAUGA